AUGUUCGGAAGGAAUUUUCCGUUUUUUAACUCUGCCGGCGGGUUUUAUCCACGUGGUAAUGGCUUUUCCCUAUUUGAUUGGGUGGAUUACGUCGCUCGAGAGAGCUUCUGCUGCCUAGAUCCGAGAAAACCGUCCGGGGUCGGAUACACCAGCAAGGUCCGAGUCCGCGAUAAAUACCAUAUCGUAGGCUUCAUCAGCAGUGGCACAUAUGGCCGCGUCUACAAGGCCAUCGGGAAGAAUGGCCAAAAGGGGGAGUUCGCCAUCAAAAAAUUCAAGCCGGACAAGGAGGGAGAGGUUAUCCAGUAUACGGGUCUGUCGCAGUCGGCCAUUCGGGAAAUGGCCUUGUGCUCGGAACUGAACCAUCCGAACGUUGUGCAGCUGGAGGAAAUCAUUUUGGAAGACAAGUGCAUCUUUAUGGUCUUCGAAUAUACCGAACAUGAUCUGCUCCAGAUCAUCCAUCACCACACCCAACCGCAGAGACAUGCGAUCCCAGCAGCCAUGGUCCGGUCGAUCCUGUUCCAGCUCCUCAACGGUCUGCUGUAUCUGCAUACCAACUGGGUCCUGCACCGGGAUCUGAAACCCGCCAACAUCUUGGUCACGUCCAGCGGUGCCAUUCGCGUUGGUGACCUUGGUCUGGCCCGCCUCUUUUACAAACCGCUGAAUUCCCUCUUCUCCGGCGACAAGGUCGUCGUGACCAUCUGGUAUCGGGCGCCGGAGUUGCUGAUGGGCAGUCGCCAUUAUACCCCCGCCGUCGAUCUGUGGGCCGUCGGCUGUAUCUUCGCCGAGCUCCUUUCUCUGCGGCCCAUCUUCAAAGGCGAGGAGGCCAAGAUGGACAGCAAAAAGACCGUGCCGUUCCAACGCAACCAGAUGAUGAAGAUUAUGGACAUCAUGGGCUUGCCAACCAAGGAGAGCUGGCCGGACAUUGGAUCGAUGCCGGAGUACACCCAACUACAAACCUUGGCUACGUCCCGGGCGAGCCACUUUCCCCGGUCGUCCAACCUGGAGGCCUGGUACACGAACUGUCUGAAGAACGGUGGAUACUCGACAACUUCGGGGAUUGGCACCCCGGGGGCCGAUGGGUAUGAUCUCUUGGAACGACUCCUCGAAUACGACCCUACCAAGCGAAUCACCGCCCGGGAGGCCCUCGAGCAUCCGUACUUUUCCAGCGGCGGGCCGAUCCCUGCGAACUGCUUCGAAGGCUUCGAAGGGAAAUACCCUCGCCGUCGCGUCACCCAGGACGACAACGAUAUCCGUUCGGGCAGUUUGCCCGGUACCAAGCGAAGCGGGCUGCCCGACGAUAGUCUUCUACGCGCCUCCAAGCGUCUCAAGGAGUGA